AUGCCCGCUCCCGACCAGGGCUGGACGGAUGCCACCGCCCGGGGUGGGGAGGGCGGCAGCGCGGCAGCGUGCGCGUGCGGCCUGCUGGCCCUCGCGCUGCGCCUGGCGGCCUCUGCGCGUGGGCGAUCCCCUGGCGAGCCCCCGGCCGGCGUCCUCCCCCUGGUGCUCAGCGGAUGGGCGGUGGCCUCCCUCGCCGCCCUCUUCUAUGACUCCCCCCGCUUCUCCACGCCGUCCUUCCCCGUGCGCGUGCUGGGCGGCACGGCCCUGCUGCCCAUAGUUGUGGUGCCGUUCGCCCUCCCGGUCCCCCUGGCCCUCCACGUGCCCCUCCAGCUGGGGAUGGUGGCGGCAGUGGGCGCGUCGCGAGGCGUUGAGGUGUGUCGGGCGGCCUCAGCCACUCCAGAGGGCAGGGCGGCCGUAGUUGAGGCCUGGGAGGCCGUAGACGGGGCGGUGGGGCGCGUACUGGCGGCAAUGUACUACGGCGUGGGAGGCCAAGGGGGGCACAAGGGGACUCGUGGGCUCGAGCAGGCGCCCGCGAGCUGCGUGCACAUCGUGGGCUGGGCCCUGCUCGUGCUGGCCUUCGCCCUGCCGACGUACGCGCAGUGGGUAUGGCGGAGGGGAACGGGAGAUGCGCCGGACCGACAUGGGGUGGAGCGGGGCCCCGGGUGGAAGUUGCCGGCGUCCGAGCUGUACUGUGGGUCCAUCCUGAUGAUUGUGAUGGCCGCUGUGGCCUGGGUGACGUUGGCCGGGGUGCUCAACGGCCACGGGGGCGCCGGAGAGGCGGAGGCGGGGGCCUGGGAGGCCGGCAGCGGCGUGCCCGUUUGA